AUGGGAAGCCAACUUGGGAUGUCUUAUCCUUACGGGAUUUCUCCUAAUCAACCACCUGUCAUACUUUCGAAUGAAUCUAGAAGGGCGACUAUUGAUCCAUCUAUCAGCGACAAAGAAUCUCUAACGCCAUCAUCUGUUCCAGCAACUCAGGUGCCACCACACUCAUCACAAGAAGAGCGUGAAGUUGAGCUGGAGGAAAAUGAAUUGAAAAGAAGAUUUUGGUCUCCCGAUGAAGAUGUAAAGGAUCAAGCUUUUUGGAAACGUAUUGUUGAUUACUACAACAAACAUCGCCCCACUGGAUCUAUGACGAGAAGUUAUCAGCGUCUGAAAUCACAUUAUUACAGUUGGAGUGACGAGAAUGUGUUGGAGAAUGCACUGAAUAUGUGGAAAGCCAACAACAAUAACAAGGAUUUUAAGUAUAUGCAUGUGUGGAGGGUUCUCAAAGAUUACGAGAAAUAUACUCCACAAUCAGUUGCUCAUUACUCUAACAAGAAGGCAAGGAUAUCCGAGUCAGAAGGAAACACUUCAACAUCAAAUCCAGAUACAAGUGUUGAUUUAGAUGACUCUGAAGUCCACAUUCGUCCGAUAGGACAAAAGGCAACGAAGAGGAAGGGCAAAUCUAAAGCCAGAGAGGGCGACACAAUGGAACAUAACAUCGACAAAGAAUGA